ACGGGGCUGCAAAAGAAAUAGGAACGAGGAGCCGAGGGGCCGGCCGCGGAGCGUCGGAGUUUCCAGACUUUCUUGGCGGCGCUCCGGCCGCCGGCAGCCUAGUUCUUGGCCCCUGCCCCGACCCGCCGCGCUCCGGACCCUGGCAGGCGGGGCGCGCCCGCUGCGCGCAGAAUGUGGCAGCCGACUUGGCCCCGGCCCCUCGCGCCCUGGAGCUGGGCGCUAGCGCUGCUGGCCCUGGGCGGCGUGGGGCUGUGCCGCGCCGGCCCGCAGGCCGGGUACCCCGUGCGGCCCAGCGCCAGAAACAAGAACUGGUGCGCCUACAUCGUGAACAAGAAUGUGAGCUGCUCUGUGCUGGAGGGAAGUGAGAGUUUUAUUCAGGCUCAGUACAACUGUGCCUGGAACCAGAUGCCCUGUCCGUCCGCGCUGGUGUAUCGAGUGAACUUCAGACCUAGAUAUGUCACUAAGUAUAAGACAGUGACACAGCUGGAAUGGAGGUGCUGUCCUGGCUUUAGAGGGGGAGACUGCCAAGAAGGUCCCAAAGACCCUGUGAAGACCCUCAGCCCCAUGCCCACUCGGCCUCGAAACAACUUGAAGAAAGCCACAGAUGAUGAACCCAGUCAAGUCUCAGAGCCCAAGAAGACUUUGUCCCCAAAUGGUACAGCACAACCAAGCCGGGGGACAGACCCAAAAGCAGGGCGCCAGGAACUUCAGGAAAAGAAGAUACAGGUGCUCGAGGAGAAGGUUCUCCGACUCACAAGGACGGUUCUUGACCUCCAGUCUUCCCUUGCUGGAGUGAGUGAAAAUCUCAAACACGCCACUCAGGACGAUGCCAGUAAAACACGGGCCCCAGGGCUCAGCGGCCAGCACCCCCAGCCUGACGUCACUGUUAGUGGAGACACAGAAACAGCCCAGCAUCCUGGCAUCCUCAACACUAAGGAACCUGGCAUGACGGACAUCAAGUCCGAAUUGGCUGAAGUCAAAGAUACUCUGAAGAACAAAAGUAACAAGCUGGAAGAACUGGAUGGGAAAGUGAAGGGCUAUGAAGGGCAGCUCAGGCAGCUCCAGGAAGCAGCCCAGGGCCCGACAGUGACCAUGACAGCCAACGAACUCUACCAAGCCUAUGUGGACAGUAAGAUUGAUGCCCUGAGAGAGGAGCUCAUGGAGGGCAUGGACAGAAAGCUGGCUGACCUGAAGAACUCGUGUGAGUACAGGCUCAUCGGCCUCCAACAGCAGUGUGACGACUAUGGGAGCAGCUACCUGGGAGUGAUAGAGCUGAUAGGGGAGAAGGAAACAAGCCUGAGAAAAGAAAUAAACGACCUCCGAGCCCAGCUCCAGGAGCCUUCAGCCCAGGCAAAUUGCUCUAAUGGCGAAAAUAAUGGUGACAUUGGUCAACAGAUCAAGACAUUGGACCAGAAAAUUGAGAGAGUUGCUGAAGCCACAAGAAUGCUGAAUGGAAGACUGGACAAUGAGUUUGACCGCCUUGUAGUUCCAGAGCCAGAUGUGGAUUUCGAUGCAAAAUGGAAUGAACUCGAUGCAAGGAUCAAUGUGACGGAGAAGAAUGCUGAAGAACAUUGCUUUUACAUUGAGGAAACCCUUCGGGGGACCAUUAAUGGAGAGGUGAGUGACUUGAAGCAACUUGUGGAUCAGAAAAUACAGUUUCUGGAAGACCGUCUGGGGAGUGUUCUCCUACAGAUGGCCAACAACACUGAUGCAGAGCUCGGUCCCCCGGGGGCGGCAGCCCAGCCGGGAGUGUCAGGGUCAGGAGAUGAACAGGUCAUGAUGGAAUUAUACCACCUGAAGUACAAAGUUGAAGUUGUUGAAGACAUUUGCCUGCAGAACUUGCAGAGAAAGCCUCAUGGGAUGGAAGGUGCUUUGCCAGACAGGGAAGACCACGCAGGGCGUGACAACCUGCGCCUUUUGAAAUCUCUAAACGACACGAUGCACAGGAAGUUUCAAGAAACCGAACGGACCAUCCAGAAACUUCAACAGGAUUUUAGUUUUCUUUCUUCUCAACUAAACCACACAGAAAAUAAUGUGACUCAGCUUCAGAAGGAAAUGAGCAAGUGUAGAGCAGGUGAAAAUGCUGGCCCGGGUGGGUUCACUAAGACGGGUGAGCAACAAAGGACAGUGGAGACCCUGCCGUCCCCCCAGCACCCCACGGCUCAUUGCUGCGGUCAGCUGGAGGAGAGGUGGCAGAGGCUGCUGAGCCAGGUCCUCUCGGAGCUGGACACCUGUAAGGAAGGCACGCAGGGGGUCCAGACAGAGGUCUCCAUGGUGGAGGGCAGGGUGUCUCAUAUCGAGAAAACUUGUAGCAAGCUGGAUUCCAUCUCGGGAAGUCUUCAGAAGAUCAAGGAGGGGCUCAACAAGCACGUCAGCAGCCUGUGGAACUGCGUCAGGCAGAUGAAUGGGACGCUCAGGUCGCAUUCCAGAGACAUUUCUGGACUGAAGAAUUCAGUCCAGCAGUUCUAUAGACACGUCUUCCAGAUUUCAUCUGAUUUGCAAGAUCUGGUCAAAUUUCAACCAUCAGCAACGGAGCAGCCCUCGGAACCGUCCUCGCCCCCGCUGCCAGUAGAGGCCCCAACGGAGCCGCCGCAGCCCGAACCCGCCCCACCGAGGCCCAGCAGCCACGCAACCCCCGAAGACCCUGCGCACCGCCCGCCCACGGGCCAGAAGCCUGUCCUGCCCCAGUGGCCCCUGCAGCCGCGGCCCCCAGAAGAGAGGCCACCCCCUCCCGUGCGGCCCGGCCAGACCAUGUGGCCCCGGCUGCCGGGCUCCACCGGGGUCUUCAUGGAGACGGGCCAGGCCGGGCCCCCAGCAGGUGUGGGCGUCUCGGGUCGAGGCCUGCUAAGGGGCGUGGACGGCCAGACUGGGCGCGGGUCCGUCCCCAGCGCGGAAGGCUUUGCGGGAGCACCAGGAUACCCGAAGUCGCCUCCUGUAGCUUCCCCAGGAGCUCCAGUGCCUUCUCUGGUAUCUUUUUCUGCGGGGCUCACCCAGAAGCCUUUCCCCAGCAAUGGGGGCGUUGUCCUCUUUAACAAAGUGCUGGUGAACGACGGGGAUGUUUACAACCCCAGCACGGGGGUCUUCACGGCUCCUUAUGAUGGGCGCUACCUGAUCACGGCCACCCUCACCCCUGAGAGAGACGCCUAUGUGGAAGCAGUGCUAUCGGUCGCCAACACCAGCGUAGCCCAGCUGCAUACUGCUGGGUACAGGAGAGAGUUCCUGGAAUACCACCACUCCCCAGGGGCUCUGCGCACCUGCGGGGGUCUGGGGGCAUUUCACCUCAUCGUGCACUUGAAGGCAGGAGAUGCAGUCAACGUCGUGGUGACUGGGGGCAAGCUGGCUCACACAGACUUUGAUGAAAUGUACUCCACAUUUAGUGGGGUUUUCUUAUAUCCUUUCCUUUCCCACCUCUAGGGCGGUGAGGGAGAGGUCAGGGGAAAGACAGCUGUAAAAACUCCAAAGCUUUAAUAUAUUCGGUUUUAUAUGUAAUAGAAGCACUGGGCUAGCGUUUUCCACCUAUGUCCUCCCACCUGUCCCCAACAUAAAGGCCUUUCCUUGCUGCUGAGGACACCGUGCCUUACUAUGUCCAGCCAGGCCGUCAAGAGUAAGGCACAUGGCAGAUGUGGCCACUGAGUUUUCUGUCAUGUUAACUUGACAACUGGAAGACUUGGAAAGGCCUCCACCUGUAGCUGCACUCUGAGGGCCCUGGACUGGGCCUGACUUUGCUGCAGAGGCUCCAUCCUCUGGCAGGGGAGAUCCAGUCACCGUGGCUGGUCUUUACUGCACAGUAGCACUGUGGCCAGCUGUCUUUACACUGCACGCAGAAGUUUAAACACUGAAGUGCCACCGCACAGAGACCCCCAACUUGACUUGGGCUAUUCCAUGCCUGGUUCACCACUGCCACCUGGGACUUACCCCUACUCACCCAGGCCUUGCCCCAGCUGUAAAUGGUGACGUGUUAGAGACUGUUCCCAAAGCUUGUUGGGCUCCUUCAAUGACAUACAAUUUCAGUGCAAAGACAGGAAGUGUCAAUAAAGAUGUAAAGCCACUUCCAGUUACUUUUGUGAAGCAUGCCUUACAGAUUGGGAGUUGUUGCUAAAAAGCAAACUGCAGAAAGGAAAUUGUUUCAAAAAGGGCUAUAAAAAGUAAUUGAGUAAAAUUAAUCUCAGCUACAAAACUGUUACCCCUCCCCAUCCAAGCUAUAUACUUGGGUUUUGUUUUUGGUUUGUGGAGACGGAGUCAAGGCCCCACGUGAUCUGCAGCUGGAGGGGCUCCUCUGCGGAUGCUGCACUCGGAGCCCACAGCGGCUGCCCAGGCUAACUGUUCCCUGCUGCUUCACUGCACCACUCUCCAGCAGACACAGCUCGAGGAGCCUCUCAGGUUCCUAAGCACCAGGAGGCCCAAUAUAAUGCUGGCAGCUGAGCCCAUCCGAGAACACGGUAUCAUCCCACAGCAAGACGUCUGCUCUGAAGGGAGGCCCCAGAGUAUUAAUGUUACCAGCCGCCACAGAGACCUCUCAGUACCCUUAGCUCAAGGUGGUCUCUAUGGAUCAGGUUGGUAAAAUCUGGCUAAUCAAGUCCCACUGGGGAUAAGGAAGGAGACCCUUAAUCCUCUUAAGCUUUUAAGACCCCUUCCCCCCUAGACUUCCACAUUGCAUUUCAAUUGGAGAAGUAAAGGCUAGCAGACCGGGCGCCGCCCUUAAUCACACUCCUGUAGAUCGCAGGCAUGGUAUGGCGGAGUCCUUCCGGAAGGCAUUGUUUUUGCUUAAACACAAUCAAAUCCCCACAUAGUCACGUACCCCACCCAUGAAAGGGUCAUGGAUCAAGACCCUUUCACAUGUAAUUUCUAAAAUUGUAAGCCUUUAAAAGGGCAAGGAUUUUGUCCGGGAGCUCUGUUGUUGAAGUAUUUUUACCUGUGGCAGCUCCUGGCUGAAUAAAUCACCACUUCCUUCCCUGUU